CGCGGCGCAGCGGAGGCGUGAGAAAGAGAGAGACUGGAGCGGAACAGAGCAGAGCAGAGAAGAGAGAGGAAGAGAGGCUUUGUGUUCGGCGCCCGGGGAGAGAGGAGAGAGGAGCCGAGAUGUCGGCCACCGCCACUGUGACCAGCACCAGGAAGCUGGUGGAGCAACUGCGCUGUGAGGUCGGCAUCAAGCGGCUGAAGGUAUCCCAGGCAGCAACGGACCUGAAGCAGUUUUGUCUGCAGAAUGCACCACAGGAUCCAUUACUGACAGGAAUACAUCCCAACACCAAUCCCUUCCGGCCUUUCAAGCCCUGCUUGAUACUCUAACUGCAAAUGGCAUUCCACUUUCUCUUGGUUUUUAGGCUCUUCAGUGGAAAUUGAAUUCACCCUCGGUGAAUGUCCUGCAAAACAAUGAAGAUGUUUACACUAAUCCUGACUCUCAGUGGCCUUGAAACCAAUGGACAAGCCAUGUUGGAUCUUUAUAAGAAGCCUCUUAAAAUCUGUGCCAACUUUCUCCACUGUCACUUUGUAAAUUGGCUGCUCUUUGAUACUGAUUUUAAACCUAGCUCAUUGCUUCAAUGACGUUUUGUAGGUACAAUUUUAGUUGCUUGUCCAACAUACUCUUUCUAAGAACAUUGGACACUGGUAAUGAUGUAUUAAUAACUAUCUGACAAGUAUUUUAUGAUUAAGACCAUUUUGAAAGGAUACUGUAUAUACUAGUGUACGAGAUUGAAACACUUUUUUCCCCC